UAAUCGGCGAGGUUACAAAAUGCAAUAUUUUUCAGAUGAUUGAACCAACCACAGUCGUCUUUGAGACACAUUUUUUUGAGUGCUGAAGAAUCAAAAGUUCUCUGGUCCACGACUGAAGAACAAGAACAGAAUCAGAGGUGAAUGAUCGAUGGCUCUUUUACGACUUCGACAUCAUCCGGUGAUCUCACGAGUACCUUCGCUGCUUAGGGCUCGCCUCCUUUCUUCAACCUCCAGAUCCAUUUCCCGCUAUUCCAGAUUGCAGAAUUCUAUUGUUGAAGAUGGUGGCACUUUGUUAAGGCCCAAAUUUUUGUCUGCAUUCAAUGGUGUCCAUGACCAUUGUACACUAAAGUUUCCGAGUGGCAUCAGAUGUUACUCAUCUUCAGAACCUCCUGCACAUAUAGUGAUUGGAAUGCCAGCUUUGUCACCUACAAUGACUCAAGGUAACAUUGCAAAGUGGAGGAAGAAAGAAGGAGAUAAGAUAGAAGUGGGUGAUAUCAUUUGUGAAAUCGAGACAGAUAAAGCCACCCUUGAAUUUGAAAGUCUUGAAGAAGGGUUUUUGGCAAAGAUAUUGGUGCCUGAUGGUGCAAAAGAUGUGCCUGUUGGACAACCUAUUUUCAUUACGGUUGAGGAAGAAGAAAAUAUAAAAAACAUCCCUGAUAGUGUUCUUGGUGGGUCAGAAGUCAAAGAGACUGAGUCAACUCAACCUAAUGUUAAAGCUGAAGACACAGCAAACGAGUCAACUUCAGGGAAAAUUGACGCAUCUAACCUACCUCCGCAUAUCCUCAUUGAAAUGCCAGCUUUAUCACCAACCAUGGACCAAGGGAACAUUGCUAGGUGGAUUAAGAAAGAAGGUGACAAGAUUGAAGUUGGUGAUAUCAUAUGUGAGAUAGAGACUGACAAAGCUACCCUUGAAUUCGAAUGUCUUGAAGAAGGUUACCUAGCAAAGAUACUGGCACCUGAAGGUUCAAAAAACGUUUUAGUUGGACAACCCAUCGCAAUAACAGUUGAGGAUCCAGCUGAUGUGGAAAAGGUGAAAUCAUCUGUUAGUGGUAAUACUAAUACGGCAGCCAAGGAGGCAAAGCCAGCUCAGCAUGCCACGCGUGAUGACGAAGCAAAAGCACAGAAGUCCAUCUUCUCUAGAAUCAGUCCAUCUGCAAAAAUACUAAUUGCAGAACAUAAGCUGGAUGCUUCUUCAAUAAACGCAUCUGGCAUACGUGGGACCCUCACAAAAUCCGAUGUUUUAACCGCAAUAAAAUCUGGGACAGGUGGCAAAAAAAGUUCAUCAUCUGAACCUGUAAAACCCCCAAAAAGUCAACCUCAGAAACAUACUUCAAUAUCAUCAGAAGUCCAAGAGUCAGACUCCUAUGAGGAUAUUCCUAAUACCCAAAUCCGUAAGGUGAUUGCGAAAAGGUUGCUAGAAUCAAAACAGAACACGCCUCAUUUAUAUUUAACCGCAGAUGUUAUACUGGAUCCUCUUCUGUUAUUUAGAAAGGAGCUCAAGGAUAAAUUUGGGGUCAAAGUCUCGGUGAAUGAUAUCGUUAUAAAAACUGUAGCAAUUGCAUUGAGAAGUGUUCCAAAAGCUAAUGCUUUUUGGGAUGACAAGAAAGGAGAAAUUGUAUUAUGUGAUUCUGUUGAUAUAUCAAUUGCGGUUGCUACUGAGAAGGGGCUGAUGACUCCAAUUGUGAAAAAUGCUGAUGAAAAAUCCAUAUCGUCUAUUUCCUUGGAGGUCAAGGAACUUGCUGAAAAGGCACGAUUAGGGAAGCUUACACCAAAUGAGUUCCAAGGUGGCACUUUCAGUAUAUCAAAUUUGGGUAUGUUCCCAGUGGACCAAUUUUGUGCCAUUAUCAAUCCACCGCAAGCUGGUAUUCUUGCAGUUGGUAGGGGCAACCAGGUGGUUGAACCGGUUUUUGAUGAAGAUGGAAUCGAAAAACCAGCUGUUGUUACAAAAAUGAACGUGACAUUAUCUGCUGAUCAUCGUGUAUUUGAUGGAGAAGUUGCAGGUGAUUUCAUGGGAGCUUUAAAGUCAAACUUCAGUGAUAUAAGGAGACUACUUAUUUAAGUUAAGAUCCUCAUAUGAUUCUUUUGAUGAAUGCAAAUUCAGUGUACAAUUUUACUCUAUUUUACAUCUCUUCCAGAGUGUGAUGAAUUCGGCCUUUUUUUAUUUUUUUCGAGAGAUAUGCAAAUGACUGAUAAUAAUGAAAGAGGGUUUGACUUUUGGAGAGAGGUUUGACUUGACCAUUUUGUUGAGGUAGGACUGGGCAAGAGUCCCGCUUUGUAAAAAAGAAAACAAUGUACAAUGUUUUUUCUUUGUAAUAAACCAAUUCGGUCAAAAUUCAUCAA